GACUCACAGACCCAAAAAGAACGAAGAAAAAAAAGUAACAUGGAAAAAAUUAUUUAUGUGUAUAUGAAUACGUAUUGUUGACAUAUUGAGAGAUUGCGGCAAUUUAGACCAGACGACACCAUUUAAAAAGCCAUUAGGCUUUGCUCCGUCAGCUCAUAAUUACGAGCACAAUGGAAUCCCCCAUUAGUAGUUGCUUCGUAGCCAGCCAGUAAUCCACUGGCCAAGUCAACCGUCUUCCGAAUGUCUUUCCACAAGCUGCGUAUUCUCGUUUUCAGCUCGCUGAUCAACUGCUCAUUGUGUGCCCAUGUGGUGUUCGUUGAUCGCUUCACCUUCACUGUCGACGAUCGAGACCUGUUCCUGUCCCAGAGUGCGGUGGUCGAACAGGAUGGCAAUCGCAGUUAUCUAUCUGGCCAUAUGAUGAUUAAUCGAUUGGUGAAUGAUCUAACAUUGACUUCAUCGAUGGACAUUACGCGUCCUCAGCGACCGGAACUGCGGCUAUAUAAUGUUCAGCUUAACUUCUGUUCGGUCCUCAACAAUGGUUAUAAGAAUAAGUUUAUCAGAAUGCUGUACAAUAACUAUGCGGAGUUCCUGAACACCAAGCCCAAGUGUCCACUUAAGCCGAAUUUUAACUACUCCCUGCAUAGGGCCUACAUCGACGAAGCCAUGCUGCCAGAUCUACUGCCGGAGUGCACUUAUCGCUUGAAAAUGUCCUUUAAGCACAAAUCCAAACUAUUAGCCCACAUGCAAAUUGAUGGACGAUUGCUCAGCAAACGUUAACACUAAAAUAUCUUUAAUUGCUCGUUUUCAAUAAAAUAGAAAAGAAAAUUA